AUGAACCUCCUACUGAUUAGUUUUGCAACUGUGAUUUUUGGCAUAGAAUGUGCUGAGUGCUGCACUAGGACAGUGCCUCCGAGUGGAGUGAGUGGCGGCGGUGGAGGCGGUGGUGGGAGCACCGGUGGAGGCGGAACUGGGAAUGGGGGCGGCGGAGGUGUAACUACAACCGGUAAGAAUAUUUUUUGCUGGUGUAGUGUGCGUUUGCCAUAAAUUUUAUAAAUGUGUAAAUAAUUAACCAAUUUUCAGCUGCGUCACCAACGACGACGACCGCAGGUAAGAAAUUUUUGGAUUGAUAAACACUACACUGUGCCGAACAGCACCGCAUUUCGGAAUUCGGUGCUGAAAAAAAUUAAGUCGACGCCAAUUUUUCGAUUCGGGCAUCCACUUUUUUGUGCACCGAAAAUCGCGAUUUGGGACAAAUUUUUUUAAUAUUUAUAUGACCACCCUUAUAUACGACAUAUAUGGGAGGUUGUUUAUAAAUUUCAGCGCGCUAGUCCACCCGGACCCCGCGGAUUUAGUCCAAAGUUCACAAAAAAGGGGGAGGGGAGGAGGAGCCGACAGAGAAACGCAGAAAUUUUUACAAAGAGAGAAAUUGCGUAUCGUUGUGUAAGAUUGCGCAACUUUUAACUUUGGACUAAAUCCGCAGGGUUGGGAUGGACUAGCGCGCUGAAAUUUAUAAAGCACCUCCCAUAUAUCAAAUUUUUACGGGUUUAUCCCGCGGUUUAACGUGCAGUCGAAAAACCCACUUUUUUCAGACGUGUUGCGUUUCUAUCUCUGCGAACAAGGCGCUGAAAAUUUAAAUACAUAUCCUACAAAAAAUUAUACAAAAAAGUUUUAAACAGAAUUUCCGUUUUUCGAUCCGCAGCUCUUAAAAGUACCUUACAGUCUUCAAAAUGGCGCGUCGCGCCGAUUGUUGCAUUUCACGUGGAAGAAACGCAACUAAACUUUUCCAUUUUAGCUCCACAAUGCGCCGCGGCGCCAGCCGGCUCAGUAGCUAUAGUCUUAGUCGAUGUACCGUUAAAUGACGCAUCUCCUCCUGGAGAUCCAGACAAUACUUGCACUUGCAACGAAGGCACUCGUUAUAUCGCUACCGGUGUGUCGGAGGACAAUCCAGAUGACGCCGUUGGGGACAACGAUCAAAUCACAAACGUGGUUUGCAAUCAGCCAACGGAUCUAUGCGUUUGCAAGAACGGGAAUUGCUGCACAGUAGGGGCUACUCCUCCCGACAAUGUGAAUUUAAUACCGCGCUGUGAAAAUAAUGGUAUGUAAAUGCUCGAUUUUUGCAACGGAUUGCUUAAAUUGCCAAAACUGGUGUUUGUUUUCAGUGUGCAGCGUCUACGUUGUCAUCAGUGGGGCCGACGACGCGUCUUUGACUUGCUCAGGCACCACGUUUACGUUCGCGGGUGCGCAUGCUUCCGAUGGGAGUUCGUUGCCGUUCUCCUCGGGAGAGUAUGCGACUGCCGACGUCGUCCGAUGUGGCGGAUGCCCACAGCAACCAACCUGUCAUGCAGCAACGUGA